AUGGUAUUGAGUCGUCAUUCCUCAGUAAAACGACCUCGUGUCAUUAGGCUGCGUCCUCAUCGUCGAACGCAGUCUCAUCAAUCUCAUAGACUUCAACAUUCAUCAAACAUCAGCACUACACUCAAUUUCGUUAUUCGUGAUCAAUGUCAUUCAUCAGCAGAAAACCAUCGUACAGACCAAAAUAAGGUAUUUAAUUGUUAG